ACCUUAGCUUUUUUUCCCUCAUUGUAAAUAAAACGCUGUAUGUCCUGUAAAAUCUGUCUCCUGGCUUCCUUCAACCUGGAAUGAUUCUAUUGUCACUAACCUCCUCAUCCCCUGGAUAUUCCACUGGAGGUUCGUAACAGUGUCAUUUUUAACAUAUUUAAUAGCUGUAUUUUCCACCUGAAAUGUAGGGCAGUAGAUUUUAACUGAACACCAGAAAACAAUGGACAUUACAACUUGAUGAUCACUUGUUGCAGUUCUUCCCAGUGAGAGGGCCAGCAAACACAAGUAAUAAGAAUUACACUCCACCUUUAUCUCUAACUAGUGCUGAGGAAGGCACAAUAUCCCACUGAAACUUAAGGUAAAACUUUCCAAUAUCUCCAAAAAAAUAAGAACAGCUAUAAUCUAGCAUCCCAAUGGCAGUGUUGAGGUAGUUACUCAAAAAAUGCAAUGGAUUACACAUUAGGCCUACUAGUUACUUUUUUAAAGUAAUGCCUUACUUUACUAGAUUACUCACUGCUAAUAUUUACAUUACUUUUGGAUCACUGCGUAACAUCUCCUGUGAUGCCCAAUAACAACAUAUAGGCUAGUUAUACCUCAUAUAUGCUCAGAUCAACACAAAUCCUUAUUACAAUGAGGACAUGCGAUUUCUCUUUUAUGCUAUUUAAUACUACAAAGUGACAACAGAGUUAUGAACAUCAGCCAGACAUUUGUCAAGACAAGAACAAGGCUAGAGUACAGACUGUGAUUCUUACUGCUGAAUCAUUAAUAGCUGCAAGCAUGUAAGGCUGAGGCUGACAGUGAAAGAAUCCGGCAUGUAUGUCUUAUUAUAAUUAUUAGGCUAUUAUAUGUAGCCAUUUUGCUAGGUUUACGACCGCUUGACACAACGGCUGCGGCUGUGUUUGCGACCUGACCUUUCUUUUUCUCCGUGAGAGGGAAGAAUUUAGAAAGUUGCGUGGCGCUGCAGAGACCCCUCAGCUGCAGUAGUGCAUUUAUUAUGCUUAAUUUUCAUCCAUCCAGAGAGAACGAUCACGAACCGUUCAUAGCGCUUAGCGACACAACCCGUACCGGAGAAGGAGAGGGGCGGUGGAGCGUUCAAGGCCAGGAGAUCGCGGAGCGACCGGCCCGCCGCGGAGGUCAGUCAUCGUUCCCUCUGGCUGGAUGAAGUCUGACGCUCCGCAUGAUUCAUGAUGAUGGAGAAGUAGGCUACAGAGAUUAAUGUCAAUAAAGCAUGCUGUCAACCCAAAAUAUCACAAAUCAUGCUUUUCACCCUGGCUCCCCGUAUUUCGCACCCGGGGGUCUCUCAAAUCGUUUGUCAGACAACCCAUUCCUCCUCGGAGUCAGCACAAGACUACCCAGGCUAAAGAGCCUCGCCACAGGCGCAGUAGAGGGUAUCGCAUGUCCUUUCGUGAAACAAUGUGAAGUAAUACCUCCACCCCAUGAAAGACGUCUUUGGCAGCUCUGCAGUUUCUGCGUCCUCAUGAACUGGCGCUCAAGUCAAAAUGAGGUCGGAAAAGUGUUACGCAAACAAUCAUGAAAAGGGACGUUUGAUUUAUUUUUCUUCUCCCUUUAUGCGGAUAGUUCAAGAACCAGCAAGUAACGCGAUGAUUUUGUUAUUAGUAACUGUAAUGUGAUUACUGAAUUUAUCAACAGUAAUGCGUUACAGACAAAAGUAAUCUGAUUACAGUAUUGCGUUACCCCCAACACUGCCCAAUGGUGAAGUACUUCUGUUAUGCUGCAUACCUUCACAGUUCCCACUCGUUGUUCAAAGCCUCCAUAUUAUUAUAGACUUAUUAAGUCUACUUUUCUAUUUUUUCUUAAAUCCACACUUACCUUCAAGAAAGAAGGCACACCUUUUUGGCAAAAUAUACAUGCAGUAAUUCAUUAGUUUGUUUAUUUUUUGUACACAUUAUUUAAUUUGUUUAUUUUUACAUUACCCACAUAAUAUAAUUGUUACAUAUAAAAUAAUUUUUGCUACAAGAUCUAGUCAAUGAGAGAGAAAAAGAGUUGUCUCUAGAAACAGUAUCCGAGAGUGGCAACAGAGCAGAGUGUGGCCUGGAACAUAAAACCCUGAAAUUAUUAGUUUUAGAGAACAGGAGGAAUUGAAACCACAAGGCAACACUGUCAGAUGAUAUUGAAUGGAAAAGUUUCCACUUCAUCACUGAAGACUCUUUGACAUGUCUGUAGUUCUGUCAGUAGCAGAUAAGUAGGACAAGACAUCAUAUCAAAGAUACUCACUGAAAAUGCUCUUUUGUGAACUGUGCCUUUCAAAAUCCAAAUCUGACCCCACAGUUUAGUGUCUAAGUGGUAUCACUCAUAAGGUGCAUAACCUAUUACACCGCAUUGACUUAUUUGAUUCUGUGAUGUUAGAGGGUGAAGUGUGAAAACAACUGGGUUGAUACUGACAUUUGAAGUAUUAGUGCUCUGCAGAUCUUAACACCACAGACCACAGGAUAUGAUGUAACACAAGAUGUGCAUGCCAACUCCAAACUGUGAUAACAUUUAAAGUUAAAAAUAAAACUGUGUGUUUUCUUUUCUUUUUUUUGGUCUUUGCUAUCUGAUUGCUCCAUUGGCCACCACCUUAAACCUGCUGCUGGUUGCUUAUUGGGUGUGACUAUCAGUGUGACUAUCAGUGUAACCUGAGUGUAACCGGUGAAUCCUCCAACUCACAACAUUUGAUGCAUGAAAUGGUUUUAAAAAAAAGAGUCUGCUAUGUGUUGUGGAAAUUUGUAAGCAUUUAGAGUUCUUGAUCUCUCCAAAAAAUGAAAGUUGAAACGGAAAAUUGCAAGAUCGUACAGAUGACAAGCCUAGUGAUGGAAACCAAAACAGAUAAAAGAUAAAGCCAUGUAAAUGUUUUGUGUUGUCAGGAUGACACAGAAGACUGUUAGUUCCUACAGCUCUAAGGCUGAUGUAAUGUUGUCUUCUGUUUCUAGUUUCUCAAAUGUGAAAAUUUGAUGCUUUUCUUUGUCAUAUAUGACAGUUAAUUGAUAGCUUUGGAUAUUGGACUGUUAAAAAACAAGGCAUUUGAAGAUGUCAGCUUGGGCUCUGGGCAUUUUUCAUUAUUUAAUUUUUAUACAUUUUUUUUUAGACAAAUUGAUUAAUCAGUGAAUAGAGAAAAAUAAUUGGUUCAUCGUUAAUGAAAAUAACUGUUAUUUGUUAACCACUGAAUACCGGUAUAAGUUCAGCUCCUUAUGGGACAGAGUCUGUGGCAGGAUAGCAGGUUGAUGGCAGAGGGAGGAGACAUCCCGGCAAACAACAAGUAGUGGGAGGCGGCGUCAUUUGGAUAGUUUAUAAUUAUUUGUCGUCUGCUUCAGAGAUCCUGAGACAGAACCUCCGGGGGGAGCAGAGGUAGUCUAGCAACUGGCAAAGCUUGGGCGCCAUUCUGUUUCUCUGCCUUCAUCUUCACUUCAUCAUUUACGGAGGGCCACAGAUGACUUUUGGAAGAAGCGGCUCGUUUCACGUGACUCUUCAAAUGAUCAUUGAACAUUUGAUUUUUAAAAUGCAUUUUAUUUGACAUCUGUGCAUCCUGGGAGCUGCAGCUACACACAGAGGAGGACAAAGACGUCCUUAACACUUUUCAGCUGCUGCGGGUGUCCUCAGAAGUUUAACAGAUUUCAUGGAGAAGGCACUAACAGUAGGUCUGACUCUUUUUUUAACACUGUGCGUGGACCUUCCAGAAGCUGGAGGACAGAAGGACAGGACUCAUGGCGAGAGCACCCAGAAACGCUCAUCACAGUCUUUGGAUGCAAAGGCAGGCCGUUGCUCGUACACCUUCAUUGUUCCACAGCAAAAACUGACAGGUGCGCUGUGUUUGAACACGCAGUCUGCUACUGCCAACCACUCGGAGGUGGCAGCGCUAAGGGCGGAGCUCAGACGGCAGCAGGAACAGCUGGAGAACCUCCGGAGCCAACUGGAGCAGGAGGGGGCCCUUGCCAUGGAGGUGAGAGCUCUGCGCAAAGAGAGUAACAGCAUGAAUUCUCGCAUUGCCCAGCUCUAUGCCCAGCUGCUACAUGAAGUCAUACACAAGAAAGAUCAGGCUUUGGAGCAGCGAAGGGUGGAGAACCUCCUGCUUAAUGCGACAACACAGGCGCUGCAGGUGUCCAGUAACUACAGGGAGCUGGAGAAGAAAUAUGGAGCCCUUAUGUCCAUGAUGAGCUCCCAGAACCAGUUUAUUGCUCGUCUGGAGAAUCAGUGCAAGUGCAGAGACUCUCAGAACUCUCUGGUGACGACUGAACCACCAAACCAAAGCCAGUCUAACGUGCAUCCUAAUUACAGCUCUGAAGCCAACCAAAUGACCAAUGAUGUUCAAAGGGACCAAAGUGCUUCUCCGGCACAGCAGGAAAAAAAAGUUAAUUCCCUCCUCACCACUACAGCCAACACGCCUACAGAUCCUCCUUUCAUUAGUUUCCCUGCCACAAAGACUCCAGGGCCGUGGAGGGACUGCCAACAUGUGCUUGAAUCAGGUGAGACCACCAGUGGGAUCUACCUGCUCCGUCCUCAGAGUGCCAACCGCCUCCUGCAGGCCUGGUGUGAUCAGAGUCUGGCUCAGGGAGGGUGGACGGUCAUUCAGAGGAGACAGGAUGGGUCGGUCAACUUCUUCAGGACUUGGGAGCAGUAUAAACAAGGCUUUGGGAACCUGGAUGGAGAGUACUGGCUCGGGCUGGAACACCUCUACUGGAUGACGAAACAGGCCCAAUAUAAGCUACGAGUGGAUCUGGAGGACUGGCAGGGCCGGCAGGUUUUUGCUGAGUAUGACAGCUUCCACCUGGAACCAGAAAGUGACUGGUAUCGACUGCGGUUAGGACAAUACCAUGGCAAUGCAGGGGACUCCCUCUCGUGGCACAACAACAAGGCCUUCACCACUCUGGAUCGGGACAAGGACAGCUAUACAGGUAACUGUGCUCAUUACCAGAAAGGAGGCUGGUGGUACCACAUGUGUGCCCACUCCAAUCUAAAUGGUGUGUGGUAUCGGGGUGGACACUAUCGCAGCCGCUACCAGGAUGGCGUCUACUGGGCAGAGUUCCACGGAGGGUCCUAUUCUCUCAAACGAGUUUCUAUGAUGAUAAAACCCACAUAAAAUAGUUGCAUUAUGAACUUGUGAGAAUAAAACAUAGUGAUGAUGAUGUAGACAUAUGUAGAGGGCCUUAAGAACAUGUUUUGGUGUUAACCCUGCACAGUGUUGAGCCAGUGUGUCUGUUUAAUGAAAAAAAGUUUUACUUGUUGAUUAGAGACCAGUCAGAGAGAGAUAGUCUGUACAUUUGUAAAGACUGUUAGUGUACUGUGAGUGAGUGUCUGUCCUUUGUGUUGUAAUUUCCUGACAAAAUAUUAUGUUUUCCAAUUUGUAAUGUACUUUUUAAUAAAAUUAUGCC